UUAAAAACAUUUUGGCUUUUAUACUACUAUUUUGGCUCACUGCAAAAUUCUGUCAAAUGUCGUCUCCAGUUGAAGAACCCGCAAGCAAUGAAAUUGAAGCAACCAAUACUAAAGUCGCAAUUGAGGUCUUAGACGAUGAUAUUGCUUCAACUGAAAGUAGAGAGAUAUUUGCUCAAAACAUACAAGAUCUUGAGAGAGAAAUUUUGACAUUAAGAGAACAUGUUAAUGAACUUGUAGAAGAAAUUGCUGAGCUGAAACGGCAGAAAAAAAAUAAUUUAACCGAAAUACUGAGCACCAUCGAUUUGUUGGCAUGGCAAAGAAUAAAAGAAGUAACACAAAAAAAACCUGUUGAUAUAAUGCUUCUUAUGGAAGUGCUGAAGGAAUUUGGAUUAGUCGAAGAGAGUAUCACCUCUUCCAGUACCAAAGCCUAAGUAUAUAAUUUUAGUACCAACAUUAGUGACGGAAAAGAGAACGCUAAAUGGAGAACGUCAUAUAAUCCAAAUUAUAUGUGGCAUAUUUUUUAGUAGUUAUUUUAGAUAUGUUUUAAGAAUAUAUAAAAUUUGGAGGCGACAUUAACUAAAAAUUGAAAUACAUCUAAAAUAUUAACUGGGAAUUCAUAA